AUGACCGGUGCGCUGGCUGCACUGACCGUUCGGUUUUCGCAUCGGGUCUCGGUCGCUGUCGCAGCCGCCUGCCUUGGUGCUGCGGAGGCUGCAUUUGCCAACAUCUACUGGGAUGUGGCGUCCGAUUACUACACGCACACAGUUGCGGGUCUUCUGUUGUGCGCAGCCGGCAACGAGAUGCUCAAUGACGGCAGCCCGCUUCAGAUCAAAUGGUGGAAGGGCUGCAUCGGCUCUGGAACAUUCACAAUCCUUUUCUUCGCUUUAGUGUUUGGAUUCGCUCGACGUUCGGGUUCGACGUUCAACAUCGGCCACAGAUUGGUUUACUUUGGGCUUGCCGUCCUCCUCGGCGCAUUCGGUCACGUCGACUGCCUUCGGAAGAUACGCCAACUCCGAUCGCGAGCUACCGCGCACUCAGACGAGAACGAGAAAGACGCGGCGGGGGAAAGUGAUUGCUGCGACCGCCCGCUCUUUGACGCCGGCUGCUACCUGCUCAUUGGACUGGUUUUCAUCGGUCACCAGCACGAUAAGCGCCCCCUCGCGAUCUUCAUGCACACGGCACUCGGAAUUUCGCUUGUCAUCCUCGGCGUCGCAAUCUGCGCAGCCGACUGCAUCUUCGCCCAUGUUGGUCGCAACGCGGCAUGCGCCUCGCGUGUGCGCUCCUUUCUGUGCUUUAGCCAUCUCGUUCCUGCCCUCAUCCUCUUGUUCCUCGGAUCGUGCAUAAGGAUGUUCCGCGACUCACGCAACGGUCUCCUGCUGGUCGGUGAUGGACCAGGGCAAGCCGAGUACUUCGAGGUGGGCUGUCUCUACCUCGGCCUUCUCAUCUGGCUCGCCGCAGCGAUCACGGCCGUGAAAGCUGCGCGAACGCAGGCGUUGCCGAGAGGUGAUCCAGCGAGGUGCUGCCCUAUCGCAGAGGCAAAAGAUUACGUCCCGGUUUGA